GGCAGAGAGCCCAGGCAUGCCAUACCCUGCUUGGCCAGCUCCCGUCCACCUGGCCUUAUCCGGGCACACAGGUCAUGGCACACCUGGGCGGGUAGAUAACAUCCUAGGCGGGGCCUUUCCUCCCCCACAACAUGAGGCGUGGCCGAGGAUGGGGACUAUUGCAUUUCCCUGGGCAGCUGCUGGCUGACCUGUCUCAGCCAGGGACACACUGGGAGGCAGAGAGCACCCAUGUUCCCUGCUGGCCACCCAGCUUCCCUCUCCCACCCACGAAGCCAACACUCUCAAAAAGCCUGUCCCCCAAAGGCCAAAGCCUGGAAACAGUGGAAUCUGAUGACAGAUGCUGGAAGGUACACUGUAUUCUUGUCCACUUUUGGGUGUCUGAGAUUUUUCCUGAAAAAUAGCACUUGAUCCAGUGCAGCCAAAACCUGGGUCUGGCAGCUAAUCAGCCAAACAAGCUGCUGAGAGAUUUAACCAGUUAAGUGCCACGGUACUUUGAAUGUAAUUAAAGAAGGCCCGCCGCUUGCGUCUAUAGACGCUUGUGGCAGCUAACUGGUUAAGGAGCCCUAUCCUGGCCCUCGGUGAGGCAGGGGACCCGGGAGACGGGGACACGUGGUCACAUUCAUAGUGGCCCAUCCACACUCUGGAACAUGACUUGGCCAUGAAAAGCAGUGAGGCACCGACACUCACUACAACGUGGAUGGACCUGCACACAUGAUGCUCAGUGAGAGAGGCCAGACACAAAAGGCCACACAGUGUGUGAGUCCAUCAGUGUGCUAUGUCCAGGACAGGCACAUCCAGAGAGAGAGAAUGGAUUAGUGGCUGCCAGGGGCUGGGGAGGGGGUGGACAGAGUGGGGAGUGACAGCUAAUGCGCAAGGAGGAUCUUUUGGGGGCGAUGGAAUAUUACAGAACUGGACAGUGACGAAGGCUGAACAGCUUGGUGAACGGACUAAAAAUCACUGAGCACCCAGUUCCCACCCACUCCCGUUUAGCCCCUAAGCACAUUUUUGUUAUCAGGAGGAAGGGCUGACUGUGAGAGAGGGGCCAUGCGCACAGCUGGGUCCCGUGGCCCGGACACUAGGCUGGGGGCCCAGAACACCCAGGUGAGUCCUGUCUCUGCCACUGAGGGCCUCUAUGGGGAAGGUCCUUCAACUUCCUAAGGCUCCAUGUCUGCCCCUCGCCCUCCUCACUGGGCUCAGUGAGUGUGCACUGAACCCAGAGCCACCUCUCACUGGGCUCAGUGAGUGUGCACUGAACCCAGAGCCACCUCUCACUGGGCUCAGUGAGUGUGCACUGAACCCAGAGCCGCCUCUCACUGGGCUCAGUGAGUGUGCACUGAACCCAGAGCCGCCUCUCACUGGGCUCAGUGAGUGUGCACUGAACCCAGAGCCGCCUCUCACUGGGCUCAGUGAGUGUGCACUGAACCCAGAGCCGCCUCUCACUGGGCUCAGUGAGUGUGCACUGAACCCAGAGCCGCCUCUCACUGGGCUCAGUGAGUGUGCACUGAACCCAGAGCCGCCUCUCACUGGGCUCAGUGAGUGUGCACUGAACCCAGAGCCGCCUCUCACUGGGCUCAGUGAGUGUGCACUGAACCCAGAGCCGCCUCUCACUGGGCUCAGUGAGUGUGCACUGAACCCAGAGCCGCCUCUCACUGGGCUCAGUGAGUGUGCACUGAACCCAGAGCCGCCUCUCACUGGGCUCAGUGAGUGUGCACUGAACCCAGAGCCGCCUCUCACUGGGCUCAGUGAGUGUGCACUGAACCCAGAGCCGCCUCUCACUGGGCUCAGUGAGUGUGCACUGAACCCAGAGCCGCCUCUCACUGGGCUCAGUGAGUGUGCACUGAACCCAGAGCCGCCUCUCACUGGGCUCAGUGAGUGUGCACUGAACCCAGAGCCGCCUCUCACUGGGCUCAGUGAGUGUGCACUGAACCCAGAGCCGCCUCUCACUGGGCUCAGUGAGUGUGCACUGAACCCAGAGCCGCCUCUCACUGGGCUCAGUGAGUGUGCACUGAACCCAGAGCCGCCUCUCACUGGGCUCAGUGAGUGUGCACUGAACCCAGAGCCGCCUCUCACUGGGCUCAGUGAGUGUGCACUGAACCCAGAGCCGCCUCUCACUGGGCUCAGUGAGUGUGCACUGAACCCAGAGCCGCCUCUCACUGGGCUCAGUGAGUGUGCACUGAACCCAGAGCCGCCUCUCACUGGGCUCAGUGAGUGUGCACUGAACCCAGAGCCGCCUCUCACUGGGCUCAGUGAGUGUGCACGGAAUCCAGAGCCGCCUCUCACUGGGCUCAGUGAGUGUGCACUGAACCCAGAGCCGCCUCUCACUGGGCUCAGUGAGUGCUCACGGAAUGCAGAGCCGGCUCUGUGUCUGGGUCCUGCAACAUGUGCUCUGGCUGUCAUCACUGGCUUUCACAGGAUCAUGCAUGUUUCUUAAUGUGAGCUAGCAGGAGAUGAGGCUGGCAUGAACACUACUCUAAGCCAUGUUACAUAUGUAUAUUAUCUUCACUAACCUAACAGUUCUCUGAGAGCUAUUAUGGGCUGUGUCUCUCCAAAAUUCAUAUAUUGGAAUCCUGACCUUCAAGACCUCAGAAUAUGACUAUGCGUGGAGAUGGGAUCUUUAAGAGGUGAUUAAAUGAGGUCACUAGGAUAGGCCCUAAUCCAAUAUGACCACUGUCUUAUAAGAAAAGAUCAGGACACAGACAUACACAGAGGGACAAUCAUGUGAGGACAUGUGGAAAAGCUGGCAUCUACACACCCAGGAGAGAGCUCACCAACCCUGCCCACACAUUGACCUCGGACUUCUAGCCUCCAGCACCAGGACAUCAGACAUUUCUGUUGUUUAAGCCACCCCCGUGGGGCUUUGUGAUGGAAAUGAAUUCAACAGGGUAUUACCCUAUCCAUGGCAAUGCCACAUGAAGAAUCCAACACAGAGAAAACUACCUCCAGACCCACUAACCACCAGGCGCAGGGGGGGCGCCCCUGCCUUCUUCCCUGCCAGCCCCUGGCCCCAC